UGAACACCGUUUAGACUACAUUACCCAUGAUGCACCUCGGUAUCUGUACUUCCCGUUGGGAACGUGUUUAGCGCAGUUCAGCACAGCUGAAAGGUGUUGGAUGAUCAGCGUUUUUCUCGUGCGUUCCUGUGUGAGUUACCCUUGGUGUGCGUGUUUAUCAUAUUACCACACCCACAUACUCCUGCACACUCACACUCCCUUUACCUGCAUUCAUAGAUGGGAAUGCAAUUGCCUCACUUGUUGAUGUCAUCUGCUACCUCUUUAAUAAAACUACUUGGACUACAUCACUGUGGAGUGCCAAUCCUUCUGACCGAGGACAACUCAGUUGAAGCGUGAUCGGCAAUCAGUGCAAACAUUCAGUACAAGUGGUCCUUCGAGCCGGAUUUGCCUUGGCUGAGUUCAUGAGAUGGAAAACCCUCAGGAUGGAGGUGCAUCGAGUAGCCCCCGUCCAAAACGGGAGAGGAAACUCCCGGGAUAUCUGGUGGACUAUGAGCACAACCUAACUGAGCCACCCAACCCAUCUAGAGCUCCAAGUAGUUCCAGUAGCUCUGACAAUGAAGAGGAAGGGAGAUGGCAGAGGAUGGAAUCCGCAUGGAACAGUGUCCUCCAAACCAUGAAUCACCUUCAAGCGUCUAUGGAGGACACUCAUGGAACAUUACUGAAGCGGGUGGAGCGUUUGGAGCAAGCUUCACAACCUAGCAGUGAGGUGAUACAUCGCACCAUAGAGCCACUACCUGUACCAGAGCAGGACACCACAACACCUGCGAACAUGCUGACGCCAGUGAAGGCAUCUGCUCCAUCACCUCCUCGUAAAGUGAGUUUUCACACUCAGCCAGUGCUGCACCCUGCCACUUAUGUAGCUGCAUCAACGCCACUCAGGAGACUUGGCCGAUGCACCGCUACACCCUUCGUGUACCAGAGAUCGGAACAUCAUCUCCUUAUAGACCGGCCAGGCCAGGUGCAGAUAUCACAUCACACAGCCUCAGCUAAUCAGCCAAGACAACGUGAUUAUCAUGCAGUACAGCAGCUAUCACAGGCUGGGGAUCCAGUGAGUCUGCAGCAGACGUUACAUCCAGCUGCUCCCGUCUUCCAAGCUAGACCUCCAGCUAAUCCUGUGUACUUGCAGCAACCACCGCGUCCUGCUGAUCCGACCUACCAACUUCCACGUCCACCAGAACCUGUGACCCAGCCAUCACAGUGGGCAGACGCUCAGCACCCUGUAUCCAACAUAUUGCAUCCUGAAGCUUUGCCUGAUCCAGCUGGCAACCACCACGUUCCCGACCCGUCAGGAAGUGACCAUUCAUCAUCUUCCUCUGCUGGACAAUAUAAUCCACGGGUUGCCACAUCUGAAUCAGCCAGAGCGCCUCUACCAAACCUGAUGGAAAUGAUGGUGGCAUCUUCAUAUGGUAUUCCAAAGCCUAGGCUGGUGGUCUUCAGGACGGGCAGAGAGAGUGACUUCGCCUUAUUAAAGAAAGGGCUGGACAGCACCUUAGGGCCACAUUCUCAUCUGGGAGAAGAUUACAAGUUUCAGGUCCUAUUAGAUCAUCUAGAAUAUCCCAGCGCCCUACAGGUAGCCAAGCGCUACAUCCACGACCGCACUCCCUAUACUAGUGCAAUGAGGGCGCUAGAGCAGAGGUAUGGACAGCCAAGGCAGUUAGUCCAAAGUGAGCUUAGCACUAUAUUGAACUGCCCCCCUAUUAGAACAGGAGACUCUCAAGCUAUUGAGGACCUGUCCCUGUCCGUGUCCAGCCUGGUCGGGCUUCUCAGUACCAUGGAUGAAGUAGCAGCCAGUGAGCUUCAUUGUGGUUCACAUGUGGACAGACUGCUUACCAAACUCCCCCUGAACUACAGAGACAGCUUCAUCGAGUACUGUAUUACCCGGGGGAUCAUCCGCACUGGCAGCAGCCGAACAUACAAUAUGUACGACUUCUCAGAAUGGCUUGAACGGAAAUCCCAAGUCCUUCAGCUAUCCAGACAAGCCUCUCACAUGCCCUCUGACAGGCCACGCCCAGAGAAGAACCUACUCAAAGCCUUAGCAGGGCCCAAGUCACACAGCAAAUCUGCUUCCAUCUACUACGGCCCAAAUCCAGCCCAAGCCAAGCUAAGACCAGGGGGAGGAUCUACAGCUCCCAAUCCGACAGUCCAACCUAAGAAGAGACAGAAGUUCAAACCUUAUUGUCCAUACUGUGAAGGGACAGAGCAUUAUCUGAAUGGCUGUGAUGGAUUUAAAGGGCUAGACCUCAAAGCUAUGGCUACCUGGAUUACUGAGAAGGCCAAAUGCUGGCGCUGUGGCCGUAAACAUUCUCCAGAGCAGUGUACUCUAAAGAAGCCGUGCAGCACCUGUGGUGACCAGCAUUUGUCUGUGCUCCAUGACCUGGUUGAGGCCAAGAAGCGGGACCCUAACAUACUAACUGUGAGUACUAGUAUGGUUUACCUAGACUAUUCAAGUCACUCAGGUCGAGUCAUGCUUAAAGUAGUACCAAUUCAACUACAUCAUGGUGGCAAAUCUCUGGACACAUUUGCUGUGCUUGAUGACGGCUCAGAAAAGACUGUUGUGCUUCCUGCGGCAGUUGAAUCUCUAGGUUUGGAGCAGGAGGAAGCAACACUCGCACUGCGAACUAUCCGUCGAGAUGUAAUCCAGAUGAAGGGAGGCUUUGUCUCAUUUCAGGUGUCACCGAGAGCUAAGCCCAAAGUGAGGUACAAAGUAACACAUGCAUUCACAGCCGACCAGCUGAGUCUAGCUACUCAGUCAUGUCCAGCUGAACAGCUGAAGAAGAAGUAUAUUCACUUGCAGAAAGUCCAGAUCAAAGGAUUUAACCAGGUCCAACCUUUGGUGCUACUUGGCUCAGAUAAUGCUCAUCUCAUCACCCCUGUCCGUCCUGUCCUUAGGGGGUCAUCUAAAGGGCCAGUAGCUGUCUGCACCAAGCUCGGAUGGGCCAUCCAGGGGCCAGCCAGUAGUAUGCCUACAUCUGAGGGGGAGCUGCAGUGCCUGAACAUGUGUCUUUCUCCUGCAGAGGCCCUGCAUCAAGAUGUGAAGCGUUUGUGGCAACUAGAUGUUCCCCCCUAUAGGACAGAGAAGGAGGUCACACGGUCAAAGGAGGACAGAGAGGCAGUGGCUAUGUUGGAAACAAAGACCCUCAGAGUCCCAGUAGAUGGUGUCGAGAGAUAUGCCACUCCUCUGCUGAGAAGAAGAGACUUUCCACGUCUGUGUGUCUCCCCUGAAGCAGUAAAGGGCCUCCUCAGAUCUACUGAACGUAAGCUGGCCAAGAACCCUGAUCUGACCCAUACAUACAACCAGGAGAUCCACAGGUUAGUAGAGUCUGGCUAUGUUGCUAAGCUGAGCCCAGAUGAGACACAUAGCUCUUCUGAGUCAUGGUAUGUACCGCACCACAUAGUACAUCACAACAAUAAGGCUAGAGUGGUCUUCAACUGUUCGUUUGAGUUUCAGGGGUCCGUCCUGAACCGCUGCCUCUUACCAGGACCUCCCAUGGGACCCACUCUGCUGGGGGUAUUACUCCGCUUCCGUCAACAUCCUGUAGCCGUGAGUGGAGAUAUCAAAGCCAUGUUUCAUCAGGUUCGGCUGCUCCCAGAGGAUUGUCCCCUGCUACGGUUUCUGUGGAGGGAUUGUGAAACGGAUCGGCCCCCAGACAUAUAUGAGUGGAGAGUUUUGCCCUUCGGAACGACAUGUAGCCCCUGCUGUGCUACGUUCGCCCUACAGAGACAUGCAAGGGAGCACAAAGAAACCCACAAAGACAUCUGUGACUCAGUCCACACAGCCUUCUACGUGGAUAAUUGUUUACAGUCCCUGUUCAACCCAGAAGAGGCAAAACAGCUCAUCGACCGGAUGAGAGAUUUACUCAUUCAGGGAGGAUUUGAUAUACGACAGUGGGCGAGCAACGUGCCCGAAGUAGUUGCUCAUCUGCCCGCUUCAGCUCGAUCAGAGAGCUGUGAACUUUGGCUGAACUUCAAAGGUCUCGACUCACAAGAGUCAACGUUAGGACUCAGCUGGCACUGUCCGACAGAUGUCCUGGGAUAUAAGCACCGCCCUAUCACCUACUCCACGGUCACGCUGCGCAAUGUGUACAAGGUACUAGCUACCCAGUAUGACCCACUAGGGUAUAUUUGUCCCUACACUACAAGGGCCAAGCUGAUUGUACAGGCCCUGUGGAGCACAGAAAGAGGGUGGGAUGAGCCCAUCGAAGGGAAUCUACUUCAGUCCUGGCUUGAGUGGGAAGGCGAACUGUCACACCUUCAGCAUGUCAUCAUUCCCCGCUGCUACGCUCCUCCUCAUAACUCCAGCAAUGUGACAUAUGAAGCUCACGUAUUCUGUGACGCAUCGGAAAAGGCUUAUGGGGCUGUGGCUUAUCUCAGGGUAAUUGAGCGGCAACGGCCCAUCAUCACAUCAUUCCUGAUGGCUCGCUCCAGAGUGGCCCCACGCAAGCAGGUGUCAAUGCCCCGGUUGGAGCUUUGCGCAGCACUCACAGGAGCCCAAUUGGCCAGAUUACUCCAGACAGAGCUUACUGUUCCCAUACAGUCGAUUUACCUGUGGACAGACUCUACCACGGUGCUGCAGUGGAUCCAAUCUAGCUCCUGUCGCUAUAAGGUAUUUGUGGGGACUCGAAUCUGUGAAAUACAGGAGCUGACAUCUCCUGAACAGUGGCGAUAUGUGACCUCUGAGCUCAAUCCUGCUGAUGACAUCACCAGAGGGAAACAUCUCGCUGACCUAACAGCCCCCAAUCGUUGGUCACAUGGUCCACCUUUCCUAUUACAAGCCGCUGACACUUGGCCUAAGCUGCCAACAGUGUUUCCAGCCUGCAAUGAAGCAGAGCUCAGGAGGACUGCAUUCUGUGGGCACGCUUCUGUAUCCCCAACCUUGCCGGAUCCAAUGCAGUAUGCCUCACUAGAUAAGCUGAUUGCUGCUACGUACCGGACCCUACACGGGGCGGCCGACACUCCUAUUACAGCCGCGGAGCAACUGGAAACCAAGACCAUGCUGCUCCGCUCAGCUCAGACCGACAGCUUCACAGAGGAGACCAAAGCCCUCCAGACCAGUCGCCCAGUCCGCUCAGACAGCCGUCUUAGCACGCUGUCCCCUGAAUAUGACAGUCUUACUGGUCUUAUCAGAGUCGGAGGCCGCCUUCGUCAAGCCGCAGACUUAGAUCCAGACAGUAUUCAUCCCAUCGUACUAGCAGCUGAACAUCCCCUGACCAAGCUCAUCAUAAGGACUUAUGAUGACCAGCUCCUUCACCCAGGUGCAGAGAGGCUAUUUGCGGAGAUAAGGCGCACCUAUUGGAUUCUCAGAGGACGUCAAGCCAUUAAGAAACACCAGCACCAGUGUGUGGACUGUAGGAGAUGGCGCGCCACACCUUCUACACCCAAGAUGGCUGAUUUACCUUCCUCACGGAUGAGACUCUAUAAACCCCCAUUCUGGUCAACGGGCGUAGACUGUUUCGGGCCAUACACGAUAAAGAUAGGUCGUAGAAGAGAGAAACGCUGGGGAAUUAUCUACAAGUGUCUUACAACUAGAUGUGUGCAUCUCGAUCUCCUCCCUAGUCUUGACACCGAUUCCUUCCUUAUGUCAUUACGCAGAUUUAUCGCACGCAGAGGAAAGCCAUACGAGAUGUGGUCUGAUCAAGGAACCAAUUUCAGAGGUGGUCAUAGAGAACUCCAAGCAGCAUUUGAAAACAUGGAGCCUGACCUCAAGCAGCAACUAGCCACGCAGGCUAUCAACUUCUGCUUCAAUCCCCCACACUCGCCUCAUUUCGGAGGAGCCUGGGAAAGGGAAAUCAGAGCAGUGAAGUCAGCUCUGCAAGUAGUCCUGAAGGACCAAGUUGUGGCAGAAGAAGUCCUACUCACAGCUCUCAUAGAGGUUGAGGGCAUUUUGAACUCAAAACCGCUUGGCUAUGCAUCGGCUGACAUAGCCGACCCAGAUCCCAUCACACCAAAUCUUCUCUUGAUGGGGCGGCGUGAUUCAGCACUACCCCAGGCAGUCUACGGCCCCUCAGGCACUCUUUCGACCAGAAGAUGGAUACACAGCCAGGUCAUCAGUGACCACUUCUGGAAGCGGUUCAUACAGAACUACCUCCCAGGACUGCAACUCCGACAGAAAUGGAGGAAGUCCACUGACAACAUGACCGUGGGACAAGCUGUUAUGAUUGUAGACUCUAAUCUGCCUAGAGGCCUCUGGCCUGUGGGUACCAUUUCCCAAGUUUUCCCAGGGACUGAUGGUGUUGUUCGGGCUGCCGAAGUCAAGGUUAAAGACAGUCUCUAUGUUCGCCCGGUGACUAAGCUAGUGGGACUCCCCAAAGUCCCUGAGGACUUAGAUGAUACUGUUCCGCAAUAGCUUGACUUUAGCAUGUGUGUAUUUGUAUCCAUACAAAUACAGGGGCGGCUGUUAAAAGUCCGCUUUCCAGAGGAAUAAUGUUUGUGAACACCGUUUAGACUACAUUACCCAUGAUGCACCUCGGUAUCUGUACUUCCCGUUGGGAACGUGUUUAGCGCAGUUCAGCACAGCUGAAAGGUGUUGGAUGAUCAGCGUUUUUCUCGUGCGUUCCUGUGUGAGUUACCCUUGGUGUGCGUGUUUAUCAUAUUACCACACCCACAUACUCCUGCACACUCACACUCCCUUUACCUGCAUUCAUAGAUGGGAAUGCAAUUGCCUCACUUGUUGAUGUCAUCUGCUACCUCUUUAAUAAAACUACUUGGACUACAUCACUGUGGAGUGCCAAUCCUUCUGACCGAGGACAACUCAGUUGAAGCGUGAUCGGCAAUCAGUGCAAACAUUCAGUACACUGGGUCUGAACAGACGCCAAGACAAGAGUCGUGUGCCGGCAGUAUCUCGAGACGGGUCUGGUCGGAACUAGGGAUGCAUCGAUCCACAUUUUUUCACUUCCGAUUCCGAUACCUGAAUUUGGAUAUCUACCGAUACCGAUAUUGUUUCGAUACUAGAGGAAUAUUUGUUUUAAUGUCAUUAUGAUUAUUAUUAUGGUUGAUUUUAUAAGGCUAUAAUAAACUCUUUUAUACAAGAAUAAUAUGUAAUUGUGAGAAAGCCCUACAAGUAAGAGCCCAGCACCGUGUCCCAAAAGAUAAGUUGAGAUAAGUGAGGUCAUAAAACAACUAAUUGUCUAUCCUAAAAAAAAGCAACUAAUGUUUCAAAUUGAAAUUUAUUCAAUUUCAAGGCAGGGUUACUGGACACAAGUGCAAUAUGCACAAUCAAAGAAACAAACCCUUUCAUUUGAACUAAACAGCCCAGGUCCAAAUAAUCACACUAGGCAGUAACACAUUUUUAAAGUGUCAAACAUGAAAUGAAAAGGGUAAACUUCCAUAAAACUACUUCAAAUAAAAUAGAGGGCUGCUUUAUCCAAUCCCCACAAAUUAAUUUCACAGUCUUUUGUAGCAUCAAAAAUGUAAUUUUCAAGUAAAAAAUCACGUUAUCAAAAAAAAAGUGCAUCUGAAACAAAUUCAGUAAGUCCUUGCUCAUGUAGCAGUAAAAAAAACUAAAGUUUUCAAAUGUUAAACAUUUUGAAUUAAAGAAAAGUGCAUUGUAAACAAACAUCAACAGUGUGCAUCUGAAAAGUACAAUUCAAGCAUUGGAGAUUUGGCAUUGAAGGUGACUUAGAUAAAGUUAACAGUCUGUCAGAGUCCGGAACUAUUCUUGAAAAAAAAAAAUGUAAAUGCGUGAGGUACUUAAAUGUUGUUCAUCUAAUCUCACUUAAACAAUGACAGGUUCUGUCUGAGGAAUAUAAGGAUUUCUGCUCUUUCUGCUGUCAGACGUUUCCUUUUUUCAUCCUCAAUAUUGGAUGCUGUACUAAACAGUCUUUCACUUUCAACACUCGUUGAAGGAGCUCUCAGGAACUUUACUGCAACAGCAGCAAGGAGAGGAAAGCGGGCAUGGUUGUCUGCCCAGUACUGGAAAGGGCUGUCUAGCUCACCCAUUGUUGGUUCUUUCAAGUACAUUUGCAUCUGGAUAACUGCUGCCUGGGUACCUUGUGCAGGUUCAUCAUGUUCCUCCAGAAUUUUGUCAUACAGACUGCUAAAGCUACUCUUACUUGUGGUAGGAGAACUGGCAUCCACGUGAGCAACCUUUUCUGCUGGCUCUGGUUCUGGCUUCCUUGUCCCUG